UUAGGGCGCCCGAGAAAUGGGAUCGUUGCAAGGUAGGAAGAAAGGAAUCCUCGUCGUCAUCGUCUCGCUGCUGGCAGUGGCGAGAUUAUCCACCACCGCUGCAUCGGGCUCGGAGCUUGUGUCAGCGCUGUGCAACUCGGCGCUCUACUCUUUCGGCGAUCCGUUUGGCAAGAAUCUGGGCCUUGUGCUGGACGAUCUCCUCGGCACCACACCCGGGCGCGACUUCAAGGACUACACCGCCAUCUCGCCCAGGCCCAGCCGCUUCGUCUACGGCCAUGCCAAGUGCCGCCACGCCUUGAGCGCGGGCGAGUGUGGCGUUUGCCUCAAGGGCGUGGCCGCGGCCCUGGCGGAUCAGUGUGGCAAUGCCGUCGGCGGCCGCGCUAUGUUUGUGGAUUGCUUCAUGAGAUACGAGGCGUACCCCUUUGGGGACGAGGAGCCGGCUUGGAGCAUAUCUUAGGCGAAAGAUCUCUUUCCAGUUGUAAUGACGAGUAGAAAAUUAUGAGAGAAAAAAAAAAAGUUCCGUGGCUCACAUUAUCAAGUGAUUUACUUAGAACUAAACUCUCACAGAAAUUGACAAACCUUUGGCAUUCUUCACG